AUGGACUCGGAGUUCGACCGUGGGGAGGAUCCCAUAACAGUGGAGGAGGUCCUCCAUAGGGACCCUCCCUCGGUCAGCAACACCACGUCUGCAGAUUACAAGAGCCCGUCCCUCUCACUGUCUGUCCCCGUCACGCUGUCUGUGCCAGUCACUUUGUCCCCUUUAUGUCAGUGCCUGUCCCUAUUAUCCAUUAAAGUCUUUGAUUUGUUUGUCCACAGUGACCAGAAGAAGCCUGUAAACAUUUCUAAAGAAAAGCUGGAGUCAGUGUUCAAGGAGCUGGAGGACAAAAUCAUCUCUCUGGUGAAGAAUGAGCUGAAGAGAUUUAAGAAUCUACUGAGCUCAGAUUACCCAGCAUGCACUGAGAGACAGGUGGAGGAUGAGGAGGAUCAGAGCAGUGUCAGAGAGGGGGUGCUGGAGAUCACACUGCACGUCCUGAGGAAGAUGAACCAGACAGACCUCGCUAACACACUACUGACCAAACUGGCCCCUGCUUGCCACAGAAAGCUCAAAUCCAAACUGAGGGACAAAUGUCAGAAGAUUCAUGAAGGAAUCUCACAGCAGGGAACCACAGCACUUCUGAAUGAGAUCUACACAGAGCUCUACAUCACAGAGGGAGGGAGUGGAGAGGUCAAUAAUGAGCAUGAGGUGAGACAGAUUGAGGCAGCGUCCAGGAGACCAGUAACACAGGAGACAUCCAUCAAAUGCAGUGACAUCUUUAGACCCUUACCAGGACAAGACAAAGCCAUCAGAACUGUGCUGACUAAAGGAGUGGCUGGAAUUGGCAAAACGGUCUCUGUGCAGAAGUUCAUACUGGACUGGUCUGAAGGAAACGUAAAUCAGGACGUUCUCUUCAUAUUUCCACUUCCUUUUAGGGAGCUGAAUUUGAUGAAGGAGAAAAAGUUCAGUCUGGUGGAGCUUCUUCAUCGCUUUUUCCCAGAAACAUCUGAAUUAAAACCUAAACAUUAUACAAACUACAAAAUUCUGUUCAUCUUUGAUGGUCUGGAUGAGUGUAGACUUCCUCUAGAUUUCCAGAACAAUGAGAGAUUGUGGGAUGUAACAGAGUCGACCUCAGUGGAUGUGCUGCUGACAAACCUCAUCAAGGGGAAUCUGCUUCCCUCUGCUCUCCUUUGGAUAACCUCUCGACCAGCAGCAGCCAAUCAGAUCCCUCCUGAGUGUGUUGACCAGGUAACAGAGGUAAGAGGGUUCAGUGAACCACAGAAAGAGGAGUAUUUCAGGAAGAGAAUCAGUGAUCAGGGCCUGGCCAAUAGAAUCAUCACACACAUGAAGUCGUCAAAAAGCCUCUACAUCAUGUGCCACAUUCCAGUCUUCUGUUGGAUUGCAGCCACUGUUCUAGAGAGAAUGUUAGGUGAAGCAGAGAUUAGAGAGAUCCCCAAGACUCUGACUCAGAUGUUCACACACUUCCUGAUCUUUCAGCUCAGACACAAGGAUCAAAAAUAUAGACAAAGUAUGAAAGGACAAAAAGGUCCCACUCACCCACGUCACAUGAGAAAAAAUGUUUUGGCACUGGGAAAACUGGCUUUCCAACAGCUAGAAAAAGGCAACCUGAUCUUCUAUGAGGAAGACCUGAGAAACAGUGGCAUUGAUGUCAGAGAAAUGACAGUGUAUUCAGGAAUGUGCACUCAGAUCUUCAGACAGGAGUUUGAGCUACAGCUGGGGAAGGUGUUCAGCUUUGUACAUCUGAGUGUUCAGGAGUUUCUGGCUGCUGUAUAUGUGUUUAUUUCCUUCAUCUCCACCAACACCAAUGUGCUACAACAGCAACACCCUGAAAUAGUCAAAACCCCAAUGUCUGUCUUCCUCAACAGUGCAGUGGACAAGGCCUUACAGAGUCAAAAUGGACACCUGGACCUUUUCCUUCGCUUCCUUCUGGGUCUCUCACUGGAGUCCAAUCAGACUCUCUUACGACGCCUACUGACACAGACAGGAAGCAGCUCUCACAGCAAAGAGGAAACAGUCAAGUACAUCAAGAAGAAGAUCAGUGACAGUCCCUCUACAGAGAAAUCCAUCAAUCUCUUCCACUGUCUGAAUGAACUGAAUGAUCAUUCUCUAGUGCAGGAAGUCCAAACAUACCUGAGCAGAGGAGGUAACAGUGGUCUCCAUGGAGCCAGACUGUCUCCUGCUCAGUGGUCAGCUCUGGCAUUUGUGUUGCUGAACUCAGAAGAGGAGCUGGAUGAGUUUGACCUGAGGAAAUAUGACCCAUCAGAGGAAUGUCUGCUGAGACUGCUGCCAGUGGUCAAAGCAUCCAGAAAAGCCAUACUAUCUGGCUGUGGUCUUACUGAAGAGUCUUGCAAAUCUCUCACAUCAGUUCUACAAACAGAAAACUCUUCACUGAGAGAGCUGGAGAUGAAUAAUAAUGACCUGCAGAAUUCAGGAGUGGAGCAGCUCUGUGCUGGACUGAAGAGUUCACACUGUAAACUGGAGAUUCUCAGACUAUCUGGCUGUGGUCUCAAUAAAGGGUCUUGCAAAUCUCUCACAUCAGCUCUAAAAACAGAAAACUCACUGAGAGAGCUGGAGAUGAAUAAUAAUGACCUGCAGAAUUCAGGAGUGGAGCAGCUCUGUGCUGGACUGGAGAGUUCACACUGUAAACUGGAGAUUCUCAGACUAUCUGGCUGUGGUCUCACUGAAGAGUCUUGCAAAUCUCUCACAUCAGUUCUACAAACAGAAAACUCUUCACUGAGAGAGCUGGAGAUGAAUAAUAAUGACCUGCAGAAUUCAGGAGUGGAGCAGCUCUGUGCUGGACUGAAGAGUUCACACUGUAAACUGGAGAUUCUCAGGUGA